GCUUUCCACGUGCGACAGUUCCAGACUCGUGCGUGUAGGGACCCCGCCGACUCCCGGAACCGCGCGGCUGAGCGGGCAGCAUGAAGCCAGGUUUCAGUCCUCGUGGCGGUGGCUUCGGUGGCCGAGGAGGCUUUGGUGACCGUGGUGGUCGCGGCGGCCGCGGUGGAGGCCGAGGGGGCUUUGGCGGGGGCCGAGGGCGAGGAGGGGGCUUCCGGGGCCGAGGAGGAGGAGGAGGUGGCAGAGGAGGUGGCGGCGGUGGAGGAGGCAGAGGUGGCGGCUUCCACUCUGGGGGCAACCGGGGCCGGGGCCGGGGAGGCAAGAAAGGAAACCAGUCGGGGAAGAAUGUGAUGGUGGAACCCCAUCGACACGAGGGUGUCUUCAUCUGUCGAGGAAAGGAAGAUGCCCUGGUCACCAAGAAUCUGGUCCCUGGGGAAUCCGUGUACGGAGAGAAGAGAGUCUCCAUUGCGGAGGGGGAUGACAAGAUUGAGUACCGGGCCUGGAACCCUUUCCGCUCCAAGCUGGCGGCAGCCAUCCUGGGUGGCGUGGAUCAGAUCCACAUCAAACCGGGGGCCAAGGUGCUGUACCUCGGGGCCGCCUCGGGCACCACCGUCUCCCACGUCUCUGACAUCGUUGGCCCGGAUGGUCUGGUCUACGCAGUUGAGUUUUCCCACCGCUCCGGCCGUGACCUCAUCAACUUGGCCAAGAAGAGGACCAACAUUAUUCCUGUGAUUGAGGACGCCCGGCACCCGCACAAAUACCGCAUGCUCAUUGCAAUGGUGGAUGUCAUCUUUGCCGACGUGGCCCAACCAGACCAAACACGCAUUGUGGCUCUGAAUGCCCACACCUUCCUGCGGAACGGAGGCCACUUUGUGAUUUCCAUUAAGGCCAACUGUAUCGAUUCCACCGCCUCGGCCGAGGCCGUGUUCGCGUCAGAGGUGAAGAAGAUGCAGCAAGAAAACAUGAAGCCCCAGGAACAGCUGACCCUUGAGCCCUACGAGAGAGACCACGCCGUGGUGGUGGGAGUGUACAGGCCGCCCCCCAAGGUGAAGAACUGAAGCUGGAUGUGUCCGACUGUGUGUUGUUUUUUUCUAUUAAAAUGACUGAACUGAA